AUGUCGACCCGCAUCCUCAGUCACGAUCCGCCGUCCGCCAACGGCAUUGGCCCGUCCCAGCCUGUUCGGAAACCGCAGAAGAAAACAUCAUUCCUGUCUCUCCGUCGCGAGCAACGCUCGCCCACGUCCCCCGAGCCGUCGGCCGGCGCAGGACGCUCCCACGCAGACAAGUCGACGUCGCCCUCCGCAUUCCAUGCCUUCCAGGACGUGUCGCGCCCGAUAAUAUCCCGCCCCACCGAGCUAGGCUCGCGCAGCCACAACCGCCGCCCAUCCAAGACAGCCAGUCUGAAGCACGACGCCAGCUACCCGAAGAGUGUCCGCGAGCGCGAUCGGGAACGGGAGCGGGAGGCCAGGCAGCCGCCGCAGAUAGAGAGCAGGGUGCGGGAGCAGGAGAUUGACCUUGGGUUCGUCGAAUUCCCCAGCUUUGACGAGCGGCCGAUUCGUUCCCGUGAGGGUGAGAGCACGAAGGCCCGCUCGCGCGCGCGGUCGGGGCCUUCCAGCAAGCGAGACUUCCCCCCUGGCAACAUCUACAGCUACCCCAUCCGCGACUCCAACUCCUCCUCGCUCAGCCACUUCACCGACGCGCCGCAGACGCCUGUCGACGAUUCGUUCUUCCGCGACCCGAUAUUCGGCUCUCAGGUCGUCGUCGCCGCGCCCAUUGCGGGUGUGGAGACGAUGGAUGCGCUCGUAGACGGUAUGAACCACUACGGCGGCGACGACCACUACAUGGGCAUGGGCGGGAUGGGGCGUCCCAAGUUUUCUGCCAAGUCUGGAUUCCAUCCGCUGUAUCAGCCCCCGCUGCCUACCCCUCCCCCUGGGAUCACUCUGGGAGGUGCGAAGCCCCGGAAAGCUCCUACAAAGAAUCGCGACUCCGAUGCAGACGAAGAAGAAGACAUGACACGGACACGUUCUCCGCCACCAAGACCGCGGAAGAGCCCACGUCCCCCACCGUCUCGUUCAGACACUAUCCGUCCUGACACAGCAGAUGCCGUUCGUCCCGACACAGCAGACACCAUUCGCAGCGUAUCUUCCCCGCGUCCGUCUAUGAGUCCCUCAACAGAGAGUUUCAGGGUUGUUGCGCCUUCCAUUUCCGAGAUCAUCCGCGCCCAUGCGCCUCCCGAACAGCAAGUCCGGUCCCGGAAGAGCUCCUACGCGACCAGUUACGGCCACGGGUCGCAAUACACACACAGCAAGCAGCCAGAACCGGCACCUGUGGUGGUUCCUCCAACCGCAGAGGAGGAUGGCGACCUCAUUUCUAGAUCAUCUGUUGACACGCUGGCAGAGGAGAUCCAGCGCACCAUCCACACCCAAAACCGCACGUCGAUUGCUCCUCGCACGGUACACAAGGCGCGGUCGUUCCAACAGUACUCGCAUGCGCUUCCCGAAAGCACUCGCUCUGUAACAUCCCCUCGCCCCGACACCCGCCGCGAAUCCUCUCUUUUCUCCUAUUCUACGACCAUCUCCGACCAGCCUGCCCUCCCGCCCCUUGAUAUGAUGGGCCUCACGAAGGUUCCCGUCAACUCUCCCUCACAGACCAUUGCACAGUAUCUGCGCUCCACUCGCUUGACCACUCUCCUCCACCUUACUCGGUCCCCGCACGCCUCGCGUGGAAACCCGCUCACUGUGAGUUUGUCUGAUCUUGGAAGCCCGACUGGCUUCCCGCUCGUUGUGUUUCUUGGCCUGGGAUGUGUACGGCACAUCAUGGGUCUGUACGAUGAAAUGGCGGAAUGCUUGGGCAUAAGACUUAUUACGAUUGACCGGUGGGGAUUGGGCCGCACCGAUGUUCCCAAGAAUAGGUCCGCAAAGGGGAUUCCCGAGUGGGCGGGUGUGGUGGAAGAAGUACUGGACCAGCUGGGCAUCGACCAGUGCGGUAUCAUGGCCCAUUCCGCGGGCGCACCGUACGCGAUGGCUUUCGCCAACAGGUUCCCGGAGCGUGUACGAGGCGAACUUUGUCUGCUGGCACCUUGGGUUGCUGGUGGCGAAGGUGGUGGUUACAAGUGGCUGAAGUACGUCCCGAACGGCUUGCUGAAGACCGCGCAAGCGGCCGAGUGGAAAGUGCAGGCCUGGAUGCUGGGCAAACCGCCUACCAUCGCCUUCGAGGGUAUUGGCUUUGAGGUCAAGAUGGCACCGUCAACGCCGUCGGCGAACUCGUCCACCUCUUGCCUGAACUCGCCUCGCUCUCCCCCAAACUCGGCGUCUACGAUCACUCCUGGUCUCGCCGCCCUUCAGGAGCAGGAGCCUCGCCCAAGCACUUCCUCGGCCGCCUUCAGCGAGUAUGACGACUUGCGCGACUUCGACGGGUUCUUCGAGAGCCGCAGCACUAUCGGGCGAGCAAGUACCAGUUCGCAGAGGAAGCGGGUCGACAGCGAGUGCAAAUCCGAGUCGAUUUCCAACUCCCCCGCCACCACCACCAGAAAGCCCUCCAGAGGCUUCCUCGGUCGCUUCAAGUCAGGGUCGGGUAACCCACCAACUCCUAGCCCGACCCCGGACAAGCAGAGCAACGGGACCGGGAAGAAGCUCAAGGCGCUCCGCUCGAUGGGCUCGCUGAAGGGCCGUUCACGGCCCAACACUGCCAACAAGAUGUCAGACCCGCCUGUCCCUACGCCACCUUGGAUUCCUCCACCUGCUGCUACUGGAAACGAGGUCGGCUUGGGUCUAGAUCAGCUCGACUGGAUCAACUCGACUCUGCAGAGCUCACGGUCACCCUCCCCGUCUUUGAAGCAGCACAAGGAGCUCCCUCAGCUGGACUUGUCUCGAAACGCUCGUUCUCCCACUCCUUCAUCACGACCAGGCGGUCGACGCUCGAUAUCGUUCACCGCCCUCAGCCCUACCUCGCCUCCUAUUAUCCAGUCGCCACAGAGCGCAAGCUCGAAGGCAGGCAACUCUGCGCAGAGCUUCCAGGCCGCGCUCGGCAACGCGCUCAUCGCUGCGUCGCACUCCGAGUCCUCAAAGGGCACGCACGGCGACCUUUUGCAGAUCCUGAACCACGACCGACAACCUUGGGGCUUCUCGUAUGCCACAUAUCCGCACAGCGUUCGUGUAUGGUACGGCGACCGGGACGAGAAAAUCGCGGAGAACGCGGUGCGGUGGAUGGAGAGCACCAUGGGCCCCGACAAGUGCCAGGUGAAGGUCAUCAAGGGUGCCGACCACUCGCUCAUGUUCAAGAGCUCGGUCGUGAUCGAAGUCUUGGAGCAGAUGGCCGAGUACUGGCGUGAUUGUGAGUCCCCCCACUCCCCACUCUAG